AUGGUCAAAGCAGGUACGAAUCGUGCAGUUGCAGUAUUGAAAGGUGAUGCAGGGAUUUCUGGUAUUGUUCAUUUGGAACAGGGUUCUGAACAGGAACCAGCCAAGAUUAGCUGGGAAGUGAGUGGGUUCGAACCAGAUUCUGAUCAUGGGUUUCACAUUCAUGAGUUUGGUGACAACACUAACGGUUGCACUUCUGCCGGGCCGCAUUUCAAUCCUUAUAAGAAGACACAUGGUGCACCGGAGGAUGAUGCCAGACAUGUAGGUGAUUUAGGGAAUAUUCGGGCCGAUUCCAACGGAGUAGCCAAGGGUUCGAAGAUGGACCAUUUGGUGAUGUUAUUUGGGCCUACGUCUGUUGUAGGUAGGUCUGUGGUUGUGCACGCAGGUAAGGAUGACUUGGGUAAGGGGGGUAAUGAGGAGUCUUUGAAGACGGGGAAUGCUGGCGCUAGGUCGGCAUGUGGUGUGAUUGGUGUUGCUAAUUGA